GGACCAAUCAGGGUUUUAAAAGAAGCUAACCAACCAGGAUUCGGUUGCCACCUCCCCUGAAUAACAAAACCUUUUGUGGUAGCGUUCUCAGAAAGAAAAAGGUUCCGUUGGAGCUAGUGCUGCGUUGUGACAGAAUGUGUGUUUUUCUGUGGAGGAUGUCUCAGCAUCAGCAAUGUGAAUUUCUUAAAUAAUCAAUUCUAUGCUUUGGAAUACCAGUUUGAGGAGUUAAUACUUCAUACGCGCCAGUUGUACAAUUGUGCUGUAGACGUUUAAGGAAGGAGAGAGUAUUCCAUGGAUAUAUUUCCUGAAUAGGUGAUCUAGCUGGAGCAGUCUCCGUCUGUCCACUGUAUCCUGAUCCUGUGGUUGGGAGUCAGGUUCGAUUUGGUCAGGUGUUUCUCUACAGUCUGGUCUCAAACCUCCCCGAUGUUUUGGAAGAAAGUCAAACAAUCCGAUGGGUGGCCCGCCAAUGAUGUUGAUUUAAAAUUUUCUGGCUUGUAAACAAACUGAAGGAAGCAUUACCGUGACAUUAUUGGAGUCCAGCACAAUGCACAGGCCUGUCGUGUGGUAUCCCUAUAACCAAAAGGCAGCCGCCUAUGAACCGUCUCAGAACUGUCCCACCAGGCACACCUUGACUCAACAUAACUUCAUACCUGCUUCAAAUCCACUUGAUGGCGGAACGAACAACUUUUCCGGGUUACCAGGAGCAUUUCUUCAGAACCCCAACAAAAAUUGGCAAACAUCAAACAAUGUUCAGGUUAAUAGUAACUUUCAGUUUGGGAGUACAGCUUCAGAGUCUUCUAUUCAAAACACAAACAGACCACCCAUUGCCAGUGAAAGAGGGCCAACAAGUGACUCAUUGUCUGCACGCCAGGCUUUUGCAAAACACAGUUCUAAGUUCAAUGCUUCUACCAAACCAGUACAUUCUGAGAGCACUUCACAUUACCCAAAUGGGUUGUAUUACAUGACCGUUCCAGUGACUGCAAGUAAUAAGAAUAUUACAGGUGGAAACUCUGGACCCUUGACGUCUUCCCAUGUGGGACAGCAAAAUUACUUUUCAAACAAUAUUUCAUCACUAGUAAACUACAAUGCAAAUAAUCCUCCGACUCUUCCAGCUACAUCAGGCAAUCCUAUUAAUACGAAUAGAAAUUCCAUGUCCGGAUUGCCAUCUUCCCAGAUGGGACAACUCAGUUACUUCUCAACCCAGCAAUCUUCUGGAAGCAAUAGAAAUGUUUCUCCGAAUGUCACAAUAACAUCAAACAGUCGGAUUACAAAUGUAAUUUAUUCUCCAGUCGUGUCAUCUGCCCAGGUCGGACAGUAUAGUUACUUUACCAACAGUUAUCAGGGACACCGUCAUGGAAACGAUACUCAGAAUAUCCCAGGGACGCCAAGCAAUUGGGGAGUAGUUGUAAGCCCCGCCCAGGUGGGACAACAUUGCUAUGCAAGCCAGCAAUCUUCUCUGGCACCAGAAUACCACAAUAGAAAUGGUCAUCAGGCAAAACAUGAUACUAUAAGGAAUGAAAAAAUAGCUGCAGUGUCCACCCAGAUGGAGCAUGAUCACUAUACAAACAGGUUAUCCCCACAAGGCCCAGUGAACUGCAGUCCUGACAAUAUUCAGAAAAUUACAGUUGGAAACGCAGCUCCAGAUUUGAGUUCCGUCCCGGUGGGACAACAAAUGUAUUAUUCAAACCAGCAAUCUUCACUCAUGCCUGUGAACUACAAUCAAACUUUUGCUCAGAAUAUCUCAACAGUCAGUAAUCCAGAUACACCUGGAAGUUCUGCUCCAGUGAUGACGUCUUCCCAGAUGGAACAACAAAGUUGUUAUGCAAACCAGCAAGCCACGCUCAGUCCUGUAAACCAGAAUGUAAAUGGUGCUCACUGUAUCCCAAUGACUUCUAAAAAUCCAAUUACAACAGAAAACUCUGCUGUGGUUGUGGCGUCUUACCAGGUUGGACAACAAAAUUAUUAUACAAACCUUCAAGCCUUGCUUGGUCCUGUAAAACACAAUUUAACUGUUGCUCACAGUAUCCCAGUGACUUCUAAAAAUUCUGUUACAACAGAAAACUCUGCUGCAGUUACAACGUCUUUCCAGGUUAAACAACAAAAUUAUUAUUCAAACCAACAAGCCAAGCUUGGUCCUGUAAAACACAAUUUAAAUGGUGCUCAGAAUAUGGCAAUGACACAAAAAUAUCCUGUCACAACUACAAACUCCAGCCAUUUGGGACAGCAUGCCUACCUUGUAAACCAGCAGUCAUCUCUAGGACCAGUAAACCACAAUGGGAAUGGUGUUGAAAAUAAUCCGGGGACAGCAAGAAAUGAAAUGACUUCCCAAAUAGGUAACCUUGAUUAUUCAAACCAAAAAUCUUUACAAGGCCCAGAAAGCUGCAAUACCAAUGGACCUCUGGAAACUAACCUUACAGCGACAGAUCUUGUGCAGCAGCAUAAACGAUCUAGUGUUUCAUCAGUGCAUCAAAACAGUCAACAAUCUGCUGCUGAUGCCAAAUCCAAAGAAAAACAUUUACCUCCUCCAUACCCAAAAGCACAAGAAGAAGCCUUCUUGGUUACGGUGAAAAAGAAUUCUGGGGGAGUAGGAUUUGUUGCUAAAAAUGUGAUCUAUAUUGGCAGAAAUCAUUCUGCUGGGAGCACACCACCACAAACUUGCUCUACACAGCACAUGGCUGACGGAAGUCAAACAUUGCAACCAACUCCCCAGAAUGUGUCUCCAGGUAUCUCUACAAAAGCUGGAAACAUUAAACAAACUGGACCGCUCAUUAACAAAAAAGACAUAGAGCGAUUUACAGCUCAGCAUUCCUCGGCAAUUCUUAAGAGAAUAGAGUCUAUUUUAUCUAAAGAGAAUCUGCGUAAAUCUGCCAGCCAGCAACCGCCUGUAGAUGCCCAGGAGAAUAACCUUUCUCUGCAAACUAAUAGAGAGACUUCUGUAGGGGAGUCGAUAACAAAUACUACAGUGGCCACUUAUACCCGUCCAGCCGAACAAGUUGAUCUAUCUUUGAGGAGUCAACUACAAAAUGACGUGAUGGAGGCCAUCCACAGCAUUUUUACACAACAAACUGACUGUCAAACAGAAAAGCCAUCCACUGCAGAGGCAAACGGUUCCAAUAACAUGACAACUGCAUUGGUUCAGGAGAACAGUGAGCAUGUGAAUGUACAGCAAGCCAAAAUUGCAUCUUUGGUAAGCAACCAAGAGGAUGCAAAUGUAGGGAAUGCAUCACCCCCUGCUGAAGACAAGCAAUUAAAACAAAGUUUGAUUGCUAAGCUCUUACUAGGCUCGUGCUUGCCGAGAACAAGUGAGCCACAAGUUGCGAUUGUUCCUCCAAUAUCGCAGCAAUGCACAGAUACUGUGUACAAACCAGAAUCCGAGAAAACAGAUAAUGAUUUACCAUUUAAAAUCACAAAUGUCUGUUCCCUGGCAGAAGCAAACUUUGAUUUGAAACCAAAAGCUAAUUUCAAGACAAAUAUUUCAGUAACUGCCUCAAAAGAUCAAGAAGAGCCUGCAUCAUCCUUUACAGUAGCUUACUCUAAUACUGAACCUUUAGAAAAUAUAAUGGAGGAAAUGUCUGAAGAUGUAAAAGUUCAGUCGAAUGGCAACAAAUGUGUGGUUUCUGAAACUAUUCCAGGGCCUGAUGAAGAUCUGGAGGUACCAAUAUGCACCAUUUCACAAGUUGUCUCCUUUUCACAAUAUCAAAAUAUAACUGCAGACAAUCCUGUAUCUACAACCGAGGAUUUAGAAGCUCCAAUUAGCAUAAUUUCACAAGUUGUCUCAGACGCCCAAUCUCCCAAUUCAUCUUCUGACAGCGUUCUUGUAUCUGUAACAAAAGGUCAAUCAGCACCAGCUGACAAAAUUUCAGAUAAUGUUCCAGUAUCUGCUACAAAAAAAAACAAUAAACCAAGUGACACUAGGGAUGUUGAAAUCCCUUCAAGCCUUUCCUCCUUGGAAUCUAAUGCAAAAAUCGAUGCUUUUGAUUUGUCUACUGUACCAGUAAAUUCAUGGUCUCUCAAACAGUUAAGAGUUUUAAUUGAAACUUUAUGCAAAUCUGAAGAUCCUCUUCAAUCACAGAUGUGUGUCGUGGAAAGUAUAGUAAAUCUGUACUGGGGUGGAGAAAGUAAAGCCUUUUAUAAAGACUUCAAAAAUGCAAACAAUACUAUGGUUUCCAUGUGUACAUUUUGGCAUUUUUCCAAUACCAGCCAGCAAGAGGAGCAUGAAGCCAACUGUUCAACUCUAGGAACAGAUGCAUCAGAACAUUUGUUUUAUGAAGUAAAGCCAGAGUGGUUCGAGAAAAUAGCGGAUCAAUGUCGGGUUAUGGAACCUGGGGCUUCUGAAUCAGUUGAUCUGGUUUAUAAGUCAUCUUGGUUAAAUCUUAAUGAGCACCUUGAUGAUAUAGACAAAGAAUGUGGAAACAUAUUGUCCCUGAACUUAAGAGACUGUAUUGGUGAAGAAGUGAAACCUCAGAAGACGGAUGCAGAACCAGACCUUCAUGCAAAUGAGAACGAGUCGGUUAAUAGUGAAGAACAGGAGGACCCUUUAGAUCUGUAUUCAACACAGGAAAAUAUUGAAACAUCUUCUGUAAUUGAUGACAUUGACACUGCAAAACCUCAAAAGACAGAUGCAGAGCCAGACCUUCAUGCAGACAAGGGUCAAAAUGUGUCAAUUAACAGCGAGGAACAGGAGAAUCCUCUAGAUCUGCCUUCCACACAGGAAAAUAAUGGAACAUCUUCUACUGUAAUUGAUCUCACAGACUCUGUAAUUGAUCUCUCUGACCCUGUUGACCCAAUAUUUAAUGCACAGAUAAAAGUAUUGGAACCUCAGGAUGCAAAGACAUUUUUUAAUGAAGUCUGCAAAACAAGUGGCAAUCCAGGGGAGGUGGUUAGUACCACUACUGCAUUAAAAACGAUGACAUAUGAAACUACCUCUGAUGAAACUUACUGCUGUCUUUCCUGCUGGAUAGGUAAAAUUAAUGGCUGUGAGUCCAAAUGCACACGCAGAGAAAAGGUUCAAUUAAACCGGACUCCCAAAAAUAAAGAGAUUGUCUACAUAAACCUGGAACUAAAAGAUAAAUCCCCCAAACGACCUGUAGAAAAUGUUCAAAUUCAAUCUUCAUCUGAAGAUUCCUCUCCAGAAAAAGGAACCCCAAAAGAUUUGACAGUCAAUCUGCCUGGCUCCACACCAGAUUUAAGAGAGGAGUCCAUGAAUCCCAGUAAUUCAGGUGCUGUGAAGAAUACAAAUGAAAAAUGCGAGGGAUUGGUUUCUUCAGAAGCGGGCAAUUCUACAGAUGAUUCCACAGAUUACAACAAUGAAAACCCCUUAAAGCAUUCAAAGACAGGAAGCCAGAGUCUUCACAAAAGUCUAACUCAGUUGCAGCUCUCGUUUAAGAAAAAGAGACCUGCUGCCAAUGACUUGAGUGAGAACAGCUGUGCAGUGAAGAGACUAAAGCAUUAUGAUGCCGAUCAAGAGGCCAGUAAGUCUUCUAAAAUGAGUAAGGAGCAUGACGGAAACAGUAAGCGUUACAUGAAGUUAGAAGUGACUCCAGUGAAAACUACAGGGGGGCUUCAAUACAGGUUUGAUGUUUCUGAACAACAGAAAUGUGAACCAAGUCAUGAAAGAAAACGUAGGAGAGAAGAAAAUCUGAAAUGUAGAAAAUCAAAGAGUGCUAAAAUGGAACACGGACACAGUCUAGAUGUAAAAGCUGAUAAUUCCAAAGACUACGUGGUAUCCAAGACAAAUAAAGCUGAACAAGCUGUGACUACAAACGACAGUACAGUGAACCUGGUGUUGUUUGGUUCAAAAAACAAAGAAGGGUUUGAACAGCCAAGUAGGUCCUCUCAAGGUGCAGUUUUGGGUCCUAAAAUUCCAAGACCCUUUAGUAACCGAAUGCGACCCCCUAAAGUGAUCAGUUUAAAACUUCCUUUGAAAAGGAUAGCAGAUGAAAAAAAAACUGCUAAAUAUGUUGAGAAUGGAAGUGGCUACAAGGAGCAUUCAAAAAAGAGAAGGAAGAAAAGGCACCAUGAAAUUAAGCAUGAUUCUGAAAACCUGGAUGGAAAAUAUAAAUGGAAACCAGGCAGUUCUGGGCACCACAGAGUGAAAAAAGAUGGUCAUUUUGAUAGGUCCUUGGCUCAUUCCAGAAUCCCUUCCCUUCAGGUAAAAUGGAGUCCAAGCAAGCACAAGUCCAAUGAGCAAUCUUCACACACAAAUGUGGGAAACGCAAGCGUGAAACCCAAUACAUUGGAUUACAGAGCAGUUCAGUAUGCAUAUGACGAAAAUCCUUCAAAAGGCAGCAUCUCAAAAGAGAUUCCCAAAACUGAUUCUAGAAAAACCCAAAUGUCCAAUCAUGAAGCCAAUAAAAUGGCAUUUAGAAAACUUAAGUUCAAGGAUGGUGACCGAGCUAAGAGGUCAGGACAGCUUAAUCAAAGGAAAGUGCCACCCAUACAUUUAAUUAGGAAACCAAAGCGGCCUCCCAGUCUUCCAGAUGUUAAAGAGCAGGGUAAAUCGGGGAGCAAGAGCCCCUCUGCUGGAAAAGAUCUGCCUUCUGAUGCUCCAGCCUUGAAAGAAAAGAAACUAUUGGAAUUCAAGCUCUGGCCUGAAACCUCGUCUAAUUUGUUCAACUUUAAAGACAAUGCAUAUUUAAAAAAGGAAAAGAGUGCUGUGGGAGUUGUUGAUCAAAAGACGGGAAGCUCAAAAGCAAUAAUGAAACACAGCCCAAAGACCCUGCCCUGGAAAGUCAGAGGUUACUGGAUACAGAACGGUGAUAUUGGCACUCAUCCUCAAGACCAAACUCCCUCUAAAUCACCUGCUAGCCCUGACCUUGGUAAAACACCUGCCAACUGUACUUUUCUAGAGUACAAAAAGAAAUUUAUGGAAAAGGAAAACAAGGUUCAUGUAGCAUGAUGUAUACAAUUUAUCUUAAAUAUGCAGUGUUCUGAGCACUGGAAAUAAACUAAUUGACUGAUGCCAUAAAUGCAUCUUCUGCAGAUUAACUGGGGAUUAUGUUCCUCGUGUGUUAAAUGUCUGAAACCUGAAGGUCUGCAAGAACUAGAUAAGUAUUCAUAUAUACUGUGUAUAUCUAAAUGAUGCAGGGUGUUCUGGACCUUUUUUGAAGUGUUACUUUGUGGUCUUGCUGAUUUUCUUUUCUUUUUUUUUCAGCUUGAAAUGUAUAAAACCAUUUGUCAUGUUACAAAAAGUAAAGGUUAGGGUUUGCUGCACAAUACAAUGACUAUUGUUUGAAUUUACUUUUCAGUACACAUUUAUUAUUCUUUUUAAUGAUUUUCAAAGGGAUACUAUUAGCUAGGAACCAGUCCGAGAAGUGUUUACUUGGCCUUUACUUUGAAUUUUGAUUUUUGUCUUAUUUAAUUGCUUUUUUCAUGAACAAAAUUUGUAUAAUAGUGUUGAACACUGUAAAUCUUUUUUGCGACCAAUACUUUAUGUAAAAGUUUUUUUUUUUUUUUUUACAGAACAUUGUUUACAAAAAUAAAGUGUAUUGCAUUAUA